AUGUCAUUUGAUUAUGUAGUGGACGGGAUCGUAGAUCUUUGGAGCCACGACGUAGUCCCGUGGCUCACUUGUCGGCAAGGACAGCGAAGCACCUACAAGGCCUCCUCCCCGCGAACAGUGGUGAACUCACGCAACGCAAUCUGUCCAACCGACACCUCUAAACCACGAGAGAACGCUCCCGAAGCUCUGGCAAGACUGCCUGAUGAACAAAAUAACUUGGUUGGAACACUGACGAAACGGCACUUGUCAGGAUUAGAAACGGCCCCAGCACAUGGUCUGAUAUAUCAGAAUGCAGAGGUUAUCAGGGAUGUUCUCUGCGUGCUCAGUAACCUCCGGGGACAUAACCUUCUCUCUCCUCUCACCACAAACCGUCAAGUAGACAGGAAUACUCUUUCAAACCACAUAGAGGCCAAACCUAUUAACCUCACGCGUCACCAACAGCCUACUUACGACAGUCAACCACACCAUACGUCGUCUAUUAAGGGGCAGUUUAUUUGUCCGAACUGUACUCAGGACUUUUUAAACCGUGACGCCCUAGCCAUGCAUAUGAUGGAGAGCGUACAUUCAGAGGCCUGUGCUACUUCGAUUGGCAAUGCUAGUAAGGAAGAUAGAGCCAAAAAGCCAACUACGUGUCAUCACACGAAGAUUACAACUCCCACCCACUCCUCUAAUCAAGCUCGUAGGUACAUUAGACCUCCAGUUCUUACGGGAAGCAACACUGCAUCUUUUCAGCCCCUCUUUCAGUCCUUUAUUAAAACAAGGCCGGCUGUGGACGCGGGAGUUUCGCGGCCAGGACGAAAGCCGAGGCGACUGGUUUUCGCUACUACAGAGGAACCACGGGUAGUACCUAUGGAUCCAGUGAGUAAAGCUCCAAUGGCAUUGAAGCGCCCUAGGUCAUGCGAACCGAAAUUGAGUGGCAAGUGGGCAGCAGAAGAUCGGCCAGACAGGGCGAGUUCGACUCCUAGUGGAGCACAGACAGUGUCCCUUUCGGCUGUUAUGGGUCCACCCAGUAGAAUUUGUUUGUACGAGAAAACCGAAGACCAAGUGCAUGAAGUUCGUUAUUUAAAUAAGUUGGAGCCCCCCACAGAAAAGAAGGCUCGCACGAAAACUCUAGAGGCAAUCGAGCCCGUGGCAAACCGAGGUGACCUCAAGCCUGCCCCAAAGUCGGCUGAACGCGGACCAAGCCUCCCUGGACCCUUCGGCCAGUGGCGUCCACCGCCAACUGAACACUCGGCAACUCUGCACUACCCGUUUAUUUGUAGACAUUGUGGAAUAGGUUUCACCGAUCAAACACUCUACAACCUACAUAUGGGUCUUCACACUUCUUCCAACCCAUGGCAGUGCAACAUGUGUAGCAAAGAAUUUUCAAAUGUCUACGAGUUUGCAGCGCACGCACUUCAUUACUAA